AUGAUGGAGGAUACAAAUGACUUAUUAGUAUGUGCAUCAGAAUUUAUAAAAGAUCGAUUAUAUUUUGUAACAUUAAAGGCAAUGACAAAGCCAAAGAGUACUCCAAACAUUCAUUAUUUCAGUAUCGAUGAUGAAUUGAUUUAUGAAAAUUUCUAUGAUGAUUUUGGUCCAUUGAAUCUUGCUAUGUUAUAUCAUUAUUGUCAAAAAGUUAACAAAAAACUCAAAGCAGUAACAUUAAGAAAGAAAAAGAUUAUACAUUAUACAACCAUGGAUCCAGCAAAGAGAGUCAAUGCUGCUUUUCUUAUAGGAAGUUAUGCUAUAUUGUAUUGUAAACGCACAGCAGAGGAAGCAUAUGACUGCUUAAAUAGUAGUCCUAACAGUCCACCAUUUAUAAUGUUUCGCGAUGCUUCUCUGGGUACACCAUGGUAUGAAAUAUCCUUAAGUGAAUGUCUUAGUGCCAUAUACAAGUGCCACAGACUUGGAUUUUUUGACUUUCAAGAUUUUUGUGUUAAAGAGUAUGAAUAUUUUGAAAGAGUGGAAAAUGGAGAUUUAAAUUGGAUUGUUCCUGGUAAAUUCAUAGCAUUUUGUGGUCCUUAUGCUAAAUUCAAAAUAGAAAAUGGAUAUCCACUUCAUGCACCAGAAUCAUAUUUUACAUAUUUCCGUUAUAACAAUGUAACAACAAUUAUACGUCUCAAUAAAAUAAUUUAUGAUGCUUCAAUCUUCACAGAUGCAGGAUUUGAUCAUAAAGACUUGUUUUUUCUUGAUGGUUCAACUCCAACAGAUUCAAUUAUGCGUCAGUUUCUUAAGAUAACAGAGAAUGCAAAUGGUGCUGUUGCUGUUCACUGUAAAGCAGGACUUGGUAGAACAGGUUCACUAAUAGGCUGUUACAUUAUGAAACAAAUGUCUUUAGCUUGCAAUUUAAAAAGUGUAUUAAAUUCUGAUACUGAAAAAUUAUAAAUUUUAUAUUUUAGAAAAGAAGCAUAUCUUCAUUCAUUACUAAAAGAACCACUACAAUCACAAAAUGGAAAUCCAGUGCAUGAAUAUGGAAUAUACUCUAUAAUUGGUAAACCUAAAACAUUUUUGUCUAAUCUAAAAAGUGCUCAUGUGGCGCAAGAUAAUGUUUCGGGAAUAAUGCAUCGCGUGGAUGGAAUUACAUUAGAUGAUCAUAUACCUGCUGCAAGCACUAGUACAACUAAAUAUACGACUUUAACUCAGGGUGAUAAAUUGAAUGAAAUCAAAGCAAAAAGAAAACGUUUACCAACAAACCAUGCAUCCCUUAAUAGAACUACUGGGCCACCAACAUUAGUACAUCCUUACUUAAGAUCAUUACUACAAACAAGAAGUCAGAAAAGUACAAUUAAUACAUUAGCUGGAAAUAAAGAGAAAGAUACUACAAAAAGGCUUCUACCUAGGUCUACUACAACUAUUGCUAAAAGAAACAGUUGGCUGGUCAGCAGUACUUGUGAUUCACCUCCGCGUCGUGUUAAAUCAACUAAACCAACAACACAUAUCCAUAAUAUCAACAACAACACAUCUACCAGUACUCGGGUUACUUCAAUGUCCGUAUCAAAACCAGUAACAAGGGCUAGUAUAAGAACUUCCUGUAUCGCAGAAACCCCUACUACAAAUUCGUCUGGCAACAAUUCGGUUACGCAACCGCAGCGAGGCAUGAAUAUGAUCCUCAGGUCUGCAGAUCGAGUAAAUCGCUAUCAUUCUUUAAGACAUGCGCGUACGACCAAAAGUUAUAAAACUGCAUUUAUUAGAUGACUAACCGAUAUUCUCAGUGGCAUUGGAGACGACAAUCCGGUAACACGAACAUCUCGACAGCGUAGAAGAUCG